UCCCUCCUCAGACAACCCAACCACCAAACUGAGACCGUUUGUUGUUUGCUUUUUGAACACACUCGUCACCCCCAAUACUCUCUCUCUCUCUCUCUCUCUCUCCUUUUUCUUCUUCAAAGAAUCAAAUUUGUCAGACGGGCCCUCAACAAACUGGAAAAACAGAGUAUUUGACAUGGGUUUUAAUACCAGUAAUAAAAAUUCAUCCCUGUUGCUGGCUUCUUCGGUUGUAUCGAUAUUGGUAUUGGCCGUGAGCUCUGUUCAUGCUCGUUUCGUGGUGGAGAAGAACAGUAUACGAGUUAUCCACCCCGAGAGCCUGCGCUCCCAGCACGACGGGGCGAUUGCAAAUUUCGGAGUGCCCAAUUAUGGAGGAUCCAUGGUGGGCUCCGUCGUUUACCCUGACAAGGGAGAGCUUGGCUGCACCGCCUUCCGCGGCGAUCAACCCUUCAAGUCCAAACCUCGCAUGCCCACAAUUCUUCUCCUCGAUCGUGGAGAUUGCUACUUUGCUUUGAAGGCAUGGAACGGUCAACAGGCUGGUGCUGCAGCAGUUUUGGUGGCUGAUAGCGUGGACGAGCCUCUGAUUACUAUGGAUUCUCCACAGGACAGUUCUGACGCAAGUGAAUACAUCGAAAAGAUUGAGAUUCCAUCGGUUUUAAUAGAGCGGUCCUUUGGCGAGUCCUUGAAGGCUGCGUUAAAGAAAGAUAACGAAGUUGUGCUAAAAUUAGACUGGUCAGAAUCAAUGCCCCACCCGGAUGAAAGGGUUGAGUAUGAGCUGUGGACUAAUAGCAACGACGAGUGUGGCCCCCGUUGUGAUGAGCAGAUGGAUUUCGUUAAGAAUUUCAAAGGACAUGCUCAGAUUCUUGAAAAGGGUGGUUACACCCAGUUCACGCCGCAUUAUAUAACUUGGUAUUGUCCUAAGCCUUUCAUUCUCAGCAAUCAGUGCACAUCACAGUGUAUAAACCACGGGAGAUACUGUGCGCCGGAUCCAGAGCAGGAUUUUGGACAGGGGUAUGAAGGGAAGGAUGUGGUGUUUGAGAACUUGAGACAGCUUUGUGUGCAUAGGGUUGCCAAUGAGAGCAACCGGUCAUGGGUUUGGUGGGACUACGUGACGGAUUUCCAUAUCCGGUGUUCUAUGAAAGAAAAGAGAUAUAGUGUCGAAUGCGCUGAAAAUGUCAUGAAAUCUCUCUAUCUGCCAAUUGAGAAGAUAAGGAAAUGCAUGGGCGAUCGGGAUGCUGAUGUAGAAAAUGAAGUCCUAAAAAUGGAGCAAGAUCUCCAGGUUGGCCGAGGAUCUCGUGGUGAUGUUACCAUCUUGCCAACAUUGGUUGUAAAUAAUGUUCAGUACCGAGGAAAAUUGGAGAGGACUGCUGUGCUGAAGGCUGUAUGUGCUGGAUUUAAGGAAACAACCGCGCCUCGAAUUUGUUUGACUUCAGAUCUUGAGACCAACGAGUGCCUCGAGAGGAAUGGUGGCUGUUGGAUGGACUCAACAAAUACUAUAAGUGCUUGCCAGGACACAUUUAGGGGUAGAGUUUGUCAAUGUCCUUUGGUGAGAGGUGUGCAAUUUGAAGGAGAUGGUUAUAACUCAUGUCAAGCUGUGGGACCUGGAAGGUGUACAAUAAAUGACGGAGGUUGCUGGUCAGAAACGAGAGAUUGGCAAAAAUUCUCUGCUUGCAUAGAGUACGAACAAAGAGGCUGUCGCUGUCCAAGGGGUUUCCGUGGUGAUGGUCAGACAUGUGAAGAUAUUGAUGAAUGCAAGGGAAAGCUAGCCUGUCAGUGUGAUGGCUGCACCUGUAAGAACACAUGGGGUGGAUACAACUGCCAGUGUAAUGGAGACAAGCUGUAUAUGAGGCCCCAGGAUACAUGCAUUGCAAGAAAUGCAUCGAAGUUCGGAUGGUUUGUUGCCUUUUUGGUCCUAGCUGUUGUUUCAGCUGCUGGUAUUGCAGGUUAUGUAUUCUACAAAUACAGGCUCAGGUCUUAUAUGGACUCGGAGAUUAUGGCCAUUAUGUCACAGUACAUGCCACUAGACAGCCAAAACAAUAAUCAAGUCGUCCACCACGACACUGAGCCACUACGGCAGGGUUCAGCCGUGGUGUAACGAAGGUACAGUUAAAAUGCUCUCUAUGAAACAGAUGCUCGAGCAGUUACUGCUGAAGGAAAAGCUUGCAGGAAAGUGGGGAUUUUCCGUUGGCGAAGAAACUUCAGAUCCAGACAUUGUGAAUUGUCCAUAUACAGGAUUAAGUUAUACACACUCUUGUGUUUCUUCUUUUUCUUUCUCCUUUGUGUAACUAGUAUUAGUGAGAUGUAAAGGAGCCUUGUAGUUCAUGAGAGUUGUAUUUAUAAAGAAGAAUGUUAUAACUUUAUAGAUGGAAUUGUCAUGAACGGGGACAAAUAUAGAAAAAGUGAAAGUGUGUCGAAUAAGAGAGGCUACAGUCCCUGGGGGCAUGGUUUUUAGUU